AUUAGGUUCUACGAUUAUACUCUCAUUAACUAUAGUGCUGUCUGACUAGUUUCUUUCAAAAGCUUGUAGCAAGAAACAUCGAGGAACAUGAAGAUUACAAAUAUAUUAUUCGUUACUUUAUCGCUUAUGCUAGUCGGAGCACAAGCGGACAUUAAACGAGAGUGUCGUCAACAAACAAAUGUUUCUUGGGCAUCCUUAAAACAACUAAAGGCUGGUAACAUUGAACAAAAUGAUAUGAAAUUAAAAUGUUAUUUGAAAUGCUUUAUGGUAAAAAGUGGUAUUGUUGAUGAGAAUAGCAAUGUAGAUGUUGAAAAAGCUCUGCGUCAUCUCCCGCGCAAUAUGCAAGAGUCAUCGAGAAAAAUUCUUAAUCGAUGUAAAUCAAUUCAAGCGGAGAAUGUUUGCGAUAAAGCUUUUCAAAUAGCUACAUGUUAUGUUAAAGCACAACCUGAAAUCUUAAAAAGCGUACCACUUAUUUAAAAAUUGCUUUGAUAUACAUGUGUAAAGCAUUGCAUUAUGGAAGAUACAAAAAUAGCAGCAUGAAGUAGCCGUAUAUGUAGAUUGUUUCAUUACAUUAAAUUACAUUAUUUGAAGAAUAUAUACAUAUACGAAGAUAAUUCUUCUAAAAGAAAAUGUGUAAAAAUUAUUUAACACCUCUAAGCUUACCCGUACUUUGCUUAUCACUAUUAUCAAGUUUUACUUUAACUUUUAAAAAUUGAACCUAUAAUAAACAUAUUAAUAUAUAUCAAUUACAUAAGAUAACAUAAUAAAAUUAAUUCUAUAAAUACAUUUUAUGUUUGUGAAAAAUUAAAAAAAAAGAUGCCGAUAGAGAAAAAGAUGAAUGAGACCAUGGUAACGCAUAAUAUUUGUUUACAUUUUAUGUCACAGAAUACAGAUAAAUUUUCAGCACUACACAUCUUGUCAAUAUCUCAGAAAUUUUUCAGGGUAAAAUAUUAAAGUAUUCGCAUUUCAUAAGAUCAUAAAAAUUCAUCAUGUGUGAUCAUUGUGCCAAAAUUACGAGUCAAAAAGGAUAUGCUGGGCAAGUAACUUGUCGAUGCGAUGGCGAGAAAAAGACCAGUAACAAUAAGGAAAAGGACUUCGCUGGAUGUUGUAGUAAAAA